AUGAAGCAUAUCCGUGGUCUCCUCUCAACAACACAAGCCCUCCGCUAUACCUUUCUCUCUCCGGCAGUAUCCUCCUCUCCGGCUCGUUGUUUUCAAUACACCCCAACCCCGCUCCUCACGCAGUCCCGACUUCUCUCCACCCGUCGUCGCCUGGCUCCCGGAAAUGCUCAGUUACUCGCGCGGUUAAAACAAGUGAAGGAUGAAGAGAUCCGGUCGGAAUACGUACGCAUUGUCAAUGAGGGAGGUGGCUUAGAUCCCCCUAUCAAGCUUCGAGACGCCUUAAAUGGGAUUGAUCGCUCGGAGAACUUUCUUCUCCAGGUGUCGCCGGGUUCUCGUGAUCAGCCGCCCGUUUGCAAGGUCGUGAGCCGGGUCGCGAUCAAAGAGCAGGAGAAAGCGAAAGCCAAGGCCACGCAUGCUGCCAAAACCGCUGUGAAGCAAAUUGAGCUGAAUUGGGCGAUCGAUGCGCAUGAUCUGGCACACCGACUCAAACAGUUGACCACCUUCCUGGAGAAGGGUCGGAAAGUGGAGGUUGUCCUCACCCGGAAGAAAGGAAAGAGAGCGCCUACGGUGGAAGAAGUGAAGAACGUGAUGGACAGUGUUAUGCAGACCACGAGGGAAGCCGAUGCUAUCCAAGUUCGGCCUAUGGAGGGCGAACCAGGGAAACAUGUUAUCCUGGUGGUAAAGAAGAGGGACUGA